AAGAUUUUAUACAACAAAAUAAAUAAAUGAACUGAAUAAAAUCCAUAAGUUCUAUUAAACACUCCUUGACUUCCUCUCCUGCUGAAGGUUUACAUGUUGUUUGGGGGGAAUCCCACAUUGUUAAAGUGCUUCCGGGUUGUAUUCCCACUGUUUCCGGUCUUGUGUUUUCAAAAUAAAAGUUUUGUUUAUGUCUACUUGCCAGGUUGCUGUGGAGGAGCAGCUGGUUCUGACCCGCCUGUGACCGCCCAGCACACGAGGCUUUGAACAUGUAAAACGUGAUCUGACUCCAGUAUCCAGAUUUAAACCUGAGUCAGCAGUUCGCCUCCGCCCUCUGGACCUUUGACCGCUCAGGUUCGGUGUUGUAACACAACACUCGUGUCUCUCUGGGAAGACACUAUGUUUCUGCGCGUUGUCAUCUUCGUGAGUUUCUGUUUAACCUCGGCUGUUGUCCGAACUGAGCCUGCAGACUCCUCGUAUGUCGCUGCUGUGUACGAGCACAACGUGAUCCUGAACCCGGAGCCUCGGGUCCCCCUGUCCCGCCCCGCCGCCCUGACACACCUGCAGAGGAACCUGGAUGUGUACGAGGAGCAGGCGGGCCGGGCCGCUCAGCAGGGUGUCCAGAUCCUGGUGUUUCCAGAAGAUGGUCUCCAAGGUUUCAACUUCACCCGAUCGUCCAUCUCCGGCUACCUAGAAACCGUUCCUGACCCCCAGCAGGAGAGCUGGAACCCCUGCACAGAGCCGGACACACACAACAACACUGAGGUUCUCCAGAGGUUGAGCUGUAUGGCCCGUCGUCACAACCUCUACCUGGUGGCCAACAUGGCUGACCUGCAGCCCUGCCCUCUGAGGACCAACCCGUCCUCCUCCUGCCCCCCUGACGGACGCUGGCAGUUCAACACCAACGUGGUGUUCAGGUCCGAUGGCCUGCUGGUGGCCCGCUACCACAAGUACAACCUCUACUUUGAGGACGCCUUUGACACGCCACCAAAACCUGAGAUCAUCACGUUUGAUACACCUUUUGCUGGAAGGUUUGGCCUCAUCACCUGCUUCGACAUCCUGUUCCAUGAGCCCACAGUCACCCUGGUGAAGCAGGGUGUGCGUCAGCUGAUCUACCCCACAGCUUGGAUGAACCAGCUCCCUCUACUGGACACAAUCCAGUUCCAGCGGGCGUUCAGCUUGGGUGCCAACAUCACCCUGCUAGCAGCCAACAUUCGUAACGACCGUCUGAUCAUGACAGGAAGUGGUAUCUACUCCCCUUUGUCUGCCACCUACCACCACGCACAGAGAGGAGACCCGGAGGAGGGCCGACUGCUGGUGGCCAGGGUGCCAGUCUUAGACCCACUGUGGCUGAAUCAGAGCGUGGCCUCGGAGGAGGGCGUAGUCAGGGAGGACUCCACCUCUUCUACAGCUACAGACUCUGAAUACUGUCACAAAGACAGCUGCACUGAUUCUCCUCCCUCCUCCACCACCUUCAUCUCAUCCAUGAUGUAUGAUCCGUAUACAUUUGUCCUCUUAAACGAGACGGAGGGGGAAGUGAAGGUGUGCAAUGGGACAUUUUGCUGCUCCCUGCAGUACCAUCGUUCACCUCAGAGCAGCAGUGAAGAGCUCUACGCAUUGGGAGUCUUUGCAGGAACACACACAGUGAACGGACGCUAUGCCCUGCAGGUGUGUGCACUGGUCCACUGUGCAGGGUCGGACAGCGCUUCCUGUGGACAGGAAGUUGAAGAGGCUGAGACUAAGAUGGACUUCCUGUUGGAGGCGACGUUUGGGACCAAAUAUGUGUAUCCAUCAGUUCUGGCUAGUAAGCUGGUCCUGGAGCAGCCAGAACACCUGGAAACAUCUGCAACCGGCAGAGUGAGCAUGAAACACUCCAACAUGACUGGUGGGCUGGUUACUGCCGCCCUGUAUGGACGGAUGUAUCACCUGGACAGUCAGUGAAGUAGUUUGUCAAAUUCAUUUUAAAGGACGAGGUGGAAAAAAAAAAUCAAACAAAUGAUAAUAAAUAAAUCAAAAACAAA